AACAGCACCAAGUCUCCCUCUGAUCCUUUCCUCCUCAUCAACUCUCAUCACCUUGUCUUCCACAAUCCGUUUGACGAAAAUGAAGAGCGGUGAAGGUGAAGCGACUACCAUCAUCAUUGGAGAGGCAACCGUCGACACAAAAGGAAAAGCUCCGGCGGCUCCUCCGGUGGUUGCCACCACUAAGUCUAUGAAGUCUAUAAAGUCAAUCAAGUACGUAAAUGGAGGCUGGAAGAAGGGGAUCGCCGUGUUCGAUUUCCUUAUAAGGCUUGUUGCUAUAGCGGCUACUCUUACUGGUGCCAUUGUAAUGGGAACGACCAAUCAAACUCUCCCCUUCUUCACUCAGUCAUUUCAAUUUCGGGCCACCUAUAGUGAUUUCCCUCCUUUCACGUUAUUCGUCGUGGCGAAUGCGGUGGCUGGCGGGUAUCUCGUCCUCUCCCUGCCUUUCUCCAUUGCCAGCAUCGUUCGGCCCAAUGCAGGAGGACCAAGGCUCCUCCUACUCAUCCUAGACACAGUAAUGGUUGGCAUCACUUCGGCCAGUGCUGCAGCGGCAGCUGCGAUUGUCUAUUUGGCUCACGAUGGGAAUCCGAACGCAAAUUGGCUCCCCAUCUGUGGACAAUUCAAUAGCUUCUGUGAUCAAACCAGUGGGGCUGUAGUAGCGUCUUUUGUUGCAGCAGUCCUCUUCAUGUUGCUGGUGGCUAUGUCAGCAUUGGCUCUUAGAAAGCAUUGACAAGGACCUUCUUUGCUUACCCUUUCUGCUUGAUUGCUACGUGAAUCUGAAUCUGAAUUUCUUUGUGGUUUCUUUCUUACUUUUGGAUUUUCAAGUUAGGUACUUCAAUUCUUGCCACUUUUGGUUUG